UGCUUCACGAUGCUUCUCAGUUGUCGUGUUCACUUGGAUGUCCGGUGUUCACUUUCAGUUACUCCAUGUACGGGUGGCAACUUUGUUUUGGUUCGUGAUUUCCAACAAAGUUCAACCCGCUAAAAGCACUUCCCCUUCUGGUGGCAUGGCUAGGUGUUACAAGGGUCACAGACAAACUAGUUACCUUGUUCCUCAUCAUCUGUUCUUCAGCCCCCGCAUCUAUUACUUCGCAGAACGACUGCAGAGCUUUGUUUUUCAAAUCGACUGUAUUAAAUUUGUAUAAUCUUUUAUUGAAGCCCCGAGGCUUACUAAACCCGACAUGUUGUUCUUGUUAUGGAGUUUCUUUAUUACUUAUUGGGUUUCAACCACAGCAGAUUUAGUCCGAAAAAAAGUUGCGCCUCAACCCCUUCUUGGUAAAAGAGAUGACAGAAUGCAGACCAUCAGUACGGCUCCAAUUACCAUCCAUGUUCCGGCACUUUUGAAAGGUCAGGACGCCCGAGAUCCUGCUCCAGCCGCCAUAGCUUCAGAGGCGCCCGAGGGCACAUAUUUGCUUCCUGUAACUGAACAGAAUAAAGAACAACACCCAGCGAUAAAUUUACUGCUCAAUCUUAAGCUUGUCAUGGAUGGAGAGAAAAAGCCCGAUCAAUCAGAAGCCUUAACACUAGAGACCGAACAAACGGCAGCGCAAUCACCAGCCAUGAAAGUGAAUUCCGGUGAGUACGUGGCUCAUGAAGUCAAACUCGUGCCAAAUGUCAAUCUCGAUCCAGCCACUACUCCAGCUUCAUCUGCCGGAAUUCAGGAAGGAAUGGUUCAAGGGAACAUUCCUUCUGCGGUAAGCUCACAGAGGACCCGUUCAAACGGGAUCCAACAACCUGCUAGGAACUAUGGUGUCGUCCCUUCCUUUCUCAUUGUCCCAAAGAGGCGCGUGUUACACAACGUACGAUCUAACCUGAAGACUAACGUACCAGGGACACCAAUGGCCAGGUUCAGACAACAAUUCCUUUAUGAACACAAUAAAAAGCGCCUGCUCAAUGGAGUGCCACCGCUGACUGAAGACGAGAGGCUUAAUAUGGAAGCUCAGAAUUUUGCAUCGGAAUUGGCAAAGCAGAGGAACACAACGCAUUCUCUUUUGAAAAACAGGGUAGGACAAGGAGAGAACAUCGCCCUUCGUUGCUCGUUUAAAGGCUCACCUUUGACAGGAGCUCGAGCGACUAAUCUUUGGUAUGCUGAAAGUAAGAAGUUUAAUUGGAAAAAGAAACCAGCAACCCCAGCGAUACAACGAUUGACUCCAAUCGUUUGGAAGAAUACCACAAAAGUCGGUUUUGGUAGAGCACAGUUCAUCGAUAAUAGAGGAAGAAUCUGCUUCGUAGUUGUUGCUCGCUAUGAGCCUUCGGUAAACGUUGGCGAAACGUUGUUGGACAACAAGCUGGAGCCGAUCAAAGUGAAAUCAAAACAAAACACUGGCAUUUAAUUAUCAACACCACUACUAAAUGAGGGAAAAAUUGGUGACAAAACCAAAAUAAAACUAAUCUUGAACCAUAAAAA